AUGUCCGUUGCUUCUACCUCAAGUCACAUCGGCAGAUCCGACCAGAUCAGCGCGUUAACGAAUCUGUUGGGUCAAUCGUCACAGCCACUUCCAGCAUCACUUGUGCUGCAGGACGCUUGCAGCCCCAACACCACCGCUCGGCUUGUAUCUGAUCUUCUCUCCAGUCUGACUGACAAUUCAGAUCACGAUGGAAGCCCACUGUGCUGGUGCAGCGUAUCACCACUGACUUCGAUCAACCCAACCUCGCUCUUUCGCAAUAUUCUCGCCAGCCUCGAAAUCCAGGCGCUGCGACUCGAGCAGCUACAUCAGACCGACUCAGCAAUAGCUGCAACAUCAGCAGGCGGGUCAAACACAAAGCACCGAAGGCCAGAGUCAUCCAUUGACUACUUCCUCUAUAAGCUCGGUGCCAUCUUGGACACCAUUAACGGUCGCGUGGUCAUCGUCAUCAAGGACGCUGAACGCAUUCGCGAUCUCUGGCCCGAGCACAUAUGGACUGCCUUUUGCAGACUCGCUUCUCUUGCGGGCAAGCCAGGUCGUAUCUCGACCGUGCUCAUCUCGACGCUGGCCUGGUCCCAGUACCGCACGCCUAGCGGGCUCACAGUAUCGCAUCAGCCCAUCACCAUCCGUUUCCCGCGCCUCACGCGCCAAGACAUGCUGGCCAUUCUCGAGCUGGACUUCCCCCUCCUGUGGAGCUCGUACACAACCUCUGUCGAGUCUGCUCAGAUGCGCGCCCGCACCUCACCGGCUCUGUGUAAGCCCUCCAUCCUGCACAAGCUCAAGAAAGAACGUUCGGGUUCAGUUGUCUCGAUGGAGGCGCUGCGCGCAUUGCACGAGCAAUUUGUCGGUGUAUUCUACGAUUCGGUGCGCUCCAAUGUUAGGGACGUGGAAGAGCUCAGGACCAUAAGUGCUGCGGUUUGGCAUGCGUUCGUCGUCCCCGUUCAGACCAAGGAGUGCACCACGUCCGAGCUGCAGACGCUUCUGCUCGCUUCCUCGCAUUUGUUCAAAGAUGCCAUUGUGCGCCUGCAGACGCGAGAGGUCGGGCCGAGAGAGUGGACGCAGGAUUCGAGAAUCAAGAGCAUUCAGGCGAGUGCUGCGCGUCUAGCAGCGGCAAAAGUGCCUGCAGGUGCUGAAUCUGUGCAGCCGGCGUACGAUGAUGUGGACAUGGUCGACGAGGAGCGCAAAUUUGACGAGGAAGAAUGGCUUGAACGCGAGACUGCCGCCUUGGCACGUUUGCGCUCAGCGUCUUCGCAAGCCAACAUCUCGCUGCUGCCCUCACUGGCACUCAUCCCGACGUUCCUCGUCAUCGCGUCCUUUCUGGCAUCCUACAACCCGUCGCGCUUGGACGUGCGCUACUUCUUACGCGAUGACUCGCUCCUCAGUCUUUCGUCCGGCGCUUCCAAGGGUAAAUCCCUCAAAGGCGGGCGAAGGCUCGGUCCUGGGCGAGGGCGCAAAGGCGCUGCUUCGUCUGGGCGUCGCGGCCGCCCCUCGAAAAGCGCCCUUCGCGUCACAAACCAAGAUGGUCAAACCGAAAACCUCAACCGCCAGCAACUGCUCGGCCCGAAACCAUUCCCCAUCGACCGUCUUCUCUCCAUUUUCCAGGCACUCAUCACCGAAGCUGCGCCCGAAAUGUCGAUGAUCUAUUCGUCGCUUGUUCCGGAUCAUGACGCGGUGCAGGCUGAAGUGGACCGCUCGACGCUCUGGGAGUACAGGAGCAAGUCGUUGUCGGUGUACUCGCAGAUCAACGGGUUGGUGGCAAGGAGGAUGCUGGUGAGGACGUCGGCGCAGGACAAAUUGGGCACGAGUAUCAACUUUAGGACCAACGUGAGCUACAACGUUGUCAGCGUAUUGGCGAAGAGGGUCAAGUUUGAUUUGGACGAGUGGCUGUGGGAUUGGGGGGCUGGUGGUAGUGGUGGGCUGUGA